UGUCCCGCUGCUGCUGAGGAACCAGCCCUACUUCUUCCAGCAGUCCCAGGAGACCCUCUACAUUGUCUGGGGGCCAGCGAAGAAGAUGAACCGGGAGAAGGUGGGCUCAACUUACCAAGCGCUGCUGAAGGUGAUGGAGACGUACCCCCACCUGCAGAUCUACACCCUGACCGAGGAGAAGAUGACGUAUUGUGAUGACGUCUUCCAGAACGAGACAGGGAAGAACAGGAUGAAGUCCGGCUCCUUCCUGAGCACGGGCUGGUUCACCAUGAUCCUGGCCAUGGAGCUGUGCGAGCAGAUCUGUGUCUUCGGCAUGGUCAGCGAUAACUACUGCAGGGAGAAGAACCACUCGAGCGUGCCCUACCACUACUUCGAGAAGGGCCGGCUGGAUGAGUGCAGGAUGUACCUGGUGCACGAGCAAGCCCGCCGCGCCGGGCACCGCUUCAUCACUGAGAAAGCCAUCUUCUCCCGCUGGGCCAAGAGGAGGAACAUCAUCUUCACCCACCCGUCCUGGGCAGGCGGGUAGGGUGCCAGCCGUGGCGUGAGGC